AGCUUCAGCUCUGCUUCGUAGCCGCCGAAGCGCUCGGUGCCGGCCUCUGCGUCGAUGAGAUUGGACAUGGUGGGCGUGUCGGCGAGACUCUAUUGGGUGUGUGGAUGGGGUAUCGUGGAGAGGUUCCGAGGCGGGGACAUGGGAGGGUAUUGACGCUGUUGGCUGUUGACUUGCCGAGUUGCGACGGGGCGCAUUACGCACUGCCAAGGCAAGGGUGUCCUUGUCGCAUCACGUGGAGAGCUUUCUGUCUAUCACUUUCUCGCAAGUCACGCUUGGUUGGAUACUGCUGCCUUGACAUCAAGUCGUUCGACAGCUGCAAAGAAUAUGGUCACUCGUUCAAUAGGGAGCUGUGGUGCUUGGGCGCCUUGUUGUCAGCACCCUCGGCUCUCGUCCGGCUCACUUUGAGACUUGGGCCACGGCAUUUUGUUUCACAACUGCUUUCCACCUGCAGCAACAGUUUCACUGUCCCGUCGAUUCUCUGUUGACCAUCUGAACACUCAACUCCGAUUGCUCAAGAACACCUGUUCGGUAGUCUACAGCCUAGCGCACAGCCUAGCGCACAGUUGCAAGUGGAUCCUACGUGAUGGACCUCCCUCCAAACACUGUCUCCGCGGAGCCGCAUAUGUGAGGAAACUUUGGUGUUUCGCGGCCGUAGAAGAGACGAACGUCUGGAAAGCAGACUUUACU